AUGGCACCAGGCGCUUUGCUCGACGAGAACACCUCAGCCCGCGAUGGCCUCCAACUCGAGGAGACCUCCGACAAUAUCGACGCGGUCAACGUGCUGAAGGACAAGAUGAAGUGGGCCACCGCGUCCAACUUCGACGCAGAGAAAGACAAGACGCAAUUCCGGCAAUACGAGCACGCCUGCGACCGCGUGAAGGACUUCUACCGCGAGCAGCACACCAAUCAGACAGUCGCUUACAACCUUCAAGCGCGGCACCACUUCCUCAAGACCCGGAAGCGGGAGGAGAUGACCGUCUGGCAGGCCAUGGAGAAGCUCGACACGCUGAUCGACGAGUCGGACCCGGACACCAGCCUGUCGCAGAUCCAGCACCUGCUGCAGUCGGCCGAGGCGAUCCGGCGCGACGGCCGGCCGCGGUGGAUGCAGCUCACGGGCCUGAUCCACGACCUAGGAAAACUCCUAUUCUUCCACGGGUCUGCGGGCCAGUGGGACGUCGUCGGCGAUACCUUUCCAGUCGGCUGCGCCUUCUCCCCCAAAAUCAUCUACGGGCCGGGCUCCUUCGCGGAUAACCCGGACUCGCGGGCUCCGGUCUAUAGCACCGAGUUCGGCAUCUACUCGCCGCGGUGCGGCUUGAAUAAUGUCAUGCUGUCCUGGGGCCACGACGAGUACCUGUACCACGUGUGCAGGGACCAGUCGACGCUGCCCGACGAGGCGCUGGCUAUGAUCCGGUACCACUCGUUCUACCCGUGGCACCAGCAGGACGCCUACCGCGAGCUCAUGGACGAGCACGACGAGAGGAUGUUGGAGGCUGUGCGGGCGUUCAAUCCGUACGACUUGUACAGCAAGAGCGAUGGCCUUCCUGAUGUGGAGGAGCUCAAGCCGUAUUACUUGGAGCUCAUCGACGAGUACUUCCCUCAGAAGGUCAUCCGGUGGUAG